UUGCUCCUCCUCACCAGUCCCCUGCUGAAUCCAGGGAGGAUGGAAAUGAAUAAGAACUAUGUUUAAUCUUAACUGGAAUGGAAGUUUUCUGGUCUAAUUUAUCGGUGAUUAUCAAUGUAAAUUACUUCAUGAUGGUAUCCAAGAUGAAUAGGUGAUAGUAAACACAUUUUGAAGAUGGCGUGUAGUGAUUGGUUGAUGGAAAAGGCACAAAAUACAAAGCAAUGUAAACCUUGAAAGCCACAAAAACAUGAUUAUCGAGCUGUUUUAUUUAUUAAUAUAAAUACUUGUUAAUUAUUUGGUUCAUCCUGUUACUCUUUUAAUUAUUAACCCAUCGUAAUCAAUUAACAUCUCAACUUGUUUAACCAGCAAUUAAUAAUAACUGUGUACUUUUGUGUGUUCCUUGUUUUCCCACUUUAGUCUCCAUUGUUUGUCCGUUACUCCAUUCUUGCCUUCUCUUGGGUUAUUCCCACCUUUUUUGUUUUUGUGCCUCUGACUCUUUUGGAUUUGGUUGUUAGCCUUUAAUUGUUACAAUUUGUUAAACCGAUCAAGUUUUAAGCUAAAAUUAAUGUACCUUUGUGUUAGUUUUAAUCACCAAUCACUUUGCGAACACAUUGGGCCGUCUCCAUUUUAUUUGAGAUAUUGGUUGUAUCAUUGUCGUUUGAGACUUCAACUCGCUAUUCCUCAACCUGUUCUUACCAAUUUGCUGAUUUCAUCUUUGGUUGAUUUGGCUAAUCUGACGGAAAAAUGACCGUUUCUGGGGAAAACAAUGUCAAAGGAUCAGCUACAGCAGCUUUAAUGAACAUAUUAAAGAGUAAUAUUGGUACCGGAAUCUUAUCCAUGCCCAUUGCCUUUCGUAAUUCUGGUAUAAUUCUUGGUAUAUUAACCUUACCAGUUAUUGGGUUUAUAUGUAUUCAUUCAAUGUUUCUUCUGGUCACUGCUAAUCGUAAACUGAGCGAGAAAUUGAAAUUAACUGAACUCAGCUAUGAAGAGACUGCUGAGAAAGCGUUUGAACAUGGACCACCUCAACUUCGUCCAUACGCCAGUUUGAUGAGCAAACUGGUUUCCACAUUCUUGACAAUCGCUCAAUUCGGCAUCUCAGUGGCUUAUAUCUUAUUUGUGGCAGAAAGCUUUCGUAAGGUAUUAUCAAAUUAUUCCGAUGAAGCUGGAAAACUUGGAAUCUUUGUUUACAUCAUGGCUUGCUAUCCACUCAUGGUGGCUCUCAAUUUGAUCAAGACUCUUAAAUAUAUGGCAAUUGCUUCAACAAUCGCAAAUUUGCUCCAAGGAAUCGGUAUAUUGGUCGUAUUGAUCAAUUUAUGUCAAGAUCUUCCUCCAUUGUCAACUGUUAAAUAUACUAAUUGGGAAUCAACUCCACUUUAUUUCGGAACUGCAAUUUUCUCCUUCGAAGGUAUCUCUACUAUUUUACCAAUCAAAGAUUCGAUGAAAAGGCCUGAAAAAUUUGCUGGACCUUGUGGCGUUUUAUCAAUUGGCAUGAUAAUUGUGACACUUUUAUACAGUUUCAUUGGAUUCUUUGGUUAUCUUAAAUUUGGUGAACAUAUUGCCGCAAGUGUAACAAUUAACCUUCCAUGCAAAGUUAUUUAUGACAUAAUACGACUCAUGUUUGCAACAGCCGUUUUCCUAUCUUAUCCAUUGCAAUUAUUUGUACCGAUCAAUAUUUUAUGGCCUUUGGUUCAAUCAAGAUUACCUUUGAAACUGCAAAAAAUGAAUCUUGUCAAUGUAAUCUAUCGAGCAAUUGUUGUCUUUUCAUCUUUUAUUUUAGCCUCAUUUGUACCUCAUCUUGAUCUCGUUAUAUCUUUGGUUGGCGCUUUCUGUAGCUCAGCUAUUGCCGUCUUGUUUCCACCCAUGAUUCAUUAUGCUACCGUUUGGGAAAAUCGUGAUAAAUAUGGACGCUUCAAGUGGAAUUGGAUAAGAACCAAAGCUGUCCUAAUACUUAUAUUUGGCUUUAUUGGUUUAUUUUUUGGAACCUAUUCCAGCGUCAUAGCUAUUUGGAAUGCUCCUGAUGAACCUACAGCGGAGAAGGCAUUUGAACAUGGUCCACCUUUAUUGCGGCCAUACGCCAAUUUGAUGAGCAAAUUGAUUUCAGCAUUUCUAACAAUCUCUCAAUUUGGCAUAACCAUGGUUUACAUUUUAUUUAUUGCUGAAAGUUUUCGUAAGGUAUGCUCAAAUUAUUCUGAAGAAGCUGAAAAAUUUGGAAUCUAUUUUUACAUUAUUGUUUGCUAUCCAUUCAUGGCAGCUCUCAACUUGAUCAAAACUCUCAAGCAUCUUGCCAUUGCAUCAACAAUAGCAAAUUUACUUCAAGGAAUAGGAAUCCUCAUAAUUUUAAUAACUCUAAGUCAAAACCUGCCAUCGCUAGAAACUGUCCAAUUUUUCAAUUGGGAGACAUUUCCACUUUAUUUUGGAACCGCUAUCUUCGCUUUUGAGGGUAUUCCUAUCGUUUUACCCAUAAAGGAUUCAAUGAAAAGACCAGAAAAAUUUACUGGACCUUUUGGCGUUUUAUCAGUUGGCAUGACAUUGGUGGUGCUUUUAAAUUGUGCAGUUGGCUUUCUCGGUUACCUUAAAUUUGGAGAUAAUAUUGCUGACAGUGUAACAAUUAACCUUCCACCAAAGGUUAUGUUCGAUAUUAUACGAUUGAUGUUUGCAGUUUCAGUUUUCUUAUCUUACCCAUUACAAUUUUUUUUACCCAUCAACAUUGUAUGGCCUUUGAUUCAGUCGAAAUUGCCUUCAAAAUGGCAGAAAAUGGCUAUUUCUAACGCAAUUUUUCGUGCUCUAUUUGUUUUAUCAUCAUUUGUACUAGCAUCAUUUGUGCCUCAUCUUGAUCUCGUAAUAUCUUUGGUUGGUGCUUUCUGUAGUACAGCCAUUGCUAUCCUCUUUCCACCGAUCAUUCAUUAUGCUGCAAUUUGGGAAGAUCGUGAAAACUAUGGAUGGUUAACGUGGAACUGGAUUAAAAUCAAAGCUAUCUGUUUAUGGAUAUUUGGUUUCACCGGAAUGUUUCUCGGAACCUUUUCAAGUAUCACAGCUAUCUAUCAUGCUUCAUGAUUAUGUGAACAAACACUUUACAAAUUUUUAACACAAAUUUUUACCUUGCAAUUGUAAAUAAAUUUUUGUAAUGCAUGAAACCCUUUUAGUCUAUUUUCCUUCUAAAUAAUUUAUAAACCAUUAAUGAUUAUCAACCAGAAAAGUUAAAAACUGGCUCUUUAAUUUACUUUAUUAACAAAUAUAAUGAAAUUUAUUGGCACAAUCUAAUUGGCUGUCAAUUAGGAUAAAAUAGAUACACAAUUUUACAAUUUAAAAUGAGCAACAAUAUAAAUAUUUCAAAACUAACAAUUUCAAUGUGCUCAUGUUAACUAAUGCUAAAAAACAUCUACAUUAUGUAAUGGCUUGUCAUCCCAUUAUGCUAAAACUAUUUGAUGAUUGUCAGGUGAACUUAAUUCAAUUUGAUUUUUCAUGGAAACUAAAUUUCUUUUGAAUACGAAUAAAUUUUGCAUACAUACAAGUUAAGGCAAUCAUUAGCUUUUUCACUUUGGAAACAUAAACUCUCUCCAAAUAACCUGAUUGAGAUGCUAUUUGAACACCAAUCAUUCGAUAAAUUUCUGUUGUCACCAGAACAGGAGCUUGAACCUCACUAGGUAAUAGAGCAAUACCAUUUAAAGCAGUUCGAGCAUAAUCGUCAGCUAAAUUGAGCAUUUGAAGAGCAUAUCUUUUCAAUUUAUCCUCACCUAAGGCCCAAGGAUUCCUAUCAUCUUUAAGUAACUUCAGUUCUUUUUCCGGUGAAUCCAUGUAAUUAGAAGGAACAUAACAACGACCCAGUGUUUGACUAUCAGUAACAAUAUCACGGGCAAUGUUUACAAUCUGUAAUACCUAAAUAACCAAGAAAAUGAUAAAAAAACGUUAAUCACCAGAUAUUUAAGUUGAAAUUGCCUAAUGAAAUCCAGAGUCUAUUUAUGCAAAGCGACAUCUUUUAAUGUCAAUUACAAGUUUAUAUUUUUGUUUACAUUUGAAUAUGAAAAAUUAAUAUAAAAAUUUUUUAUAAGAAAGUUGAAAAUACUGUUUUUGUUUUAAUUAAUUGCAAAUGCUCUGAUUAAUUUUAAAAUUUGUAAUUCUCUGUGUUUCUUUAUAAAUGAUAUUGUGCGAAGUUGCAUUGGAUCAAUCCUUACCUGGCCCAUUUCUUUAGCCCUUUCAAUCAUUGAAAUGUGCUCUUUGGUUACUCCAUUAGGAAACUUGCCACUUUUGUAGCACAUUACAAAGGUACAUAGGAUUCCAAUGGAAGAAGCCACAUAUGAUGAGUAUUCUAGUAAAUCGGCUUCUGUUUCGACUUUUUUACCCUCAAUAUCCCAUGCAUAGCCUCUGGAAAGCUCGUAAAAUGGUUCAGACGGAAGAUAAUAAACGAUAUGCGUCAGUGAACGGAAUGCUGCCAAUUCUUCAUCCGAUAAAAGAUGUUCAAAUUCAUUCCAAUUUAUGGUAACCUUUUCUGUUGGAUCCAUUUUGGUUGGUACAUCCUUUUCCUGACGAGCCUGAGUUCCCUGUUGGUUGUCAAUCAUGUCAUCUGUUACCCUAGCAUAUCCAUACAAAAUGCUCAAGUCGAUCCUAAUUCCUAGAACCGGGGGAAAAAAGGUAAACAAGGUCAACAAGUGCAAGCCUUUUUUGUUGGAAUUGAUUUUUACAAGGAAAUCAACGUCAUAUGAAUAUCAAUUUCUGGUUGUAUAAUGAAUGGAUGAUAAAAUUUAUCAACAGUAUUGUCCCGGAUUACAAAUUCAUUGAUCAAAUGACAAAGGAUAACGAUCUUACUUCUGGUUAGUCUCAGGUUGAUAUUAAUAUUUAGUAAAAAUUGAAGCAACUAAUUUAGGUUCUUAUGUACUUGAUCUGGUUGCUUUUCGGUAGUCAAUCUGGUCAUAGUCAAGUAUUUAUCUGAUUUGAGUGACAAUAUUUUUAUGCUUAUUCUUAAUCUUCCCCUUGGUCUAACUGAAUUGGUAAUCAAGAUAAUUUAAUUGUAUUUGUCUUUACUUGCUAUCUUGCAGUUGAAGACAUGCUUCUAACAAUUAAAGGUUAUUACAAUCA